AUGUCCAUUAACUCUGUCAGGUUGGUGAAUGGUACCAGUCUGUGUUCAGGCAGACUGGAGGUGAAAACCUCCCAGUCCAACCAGAUCUGGUCUACAGUAUGUGAAGCUGACAUUGACCAGCAAGAUGCAGAGGUGGUCUGUAGGGAGCUUGGGUGUGGAUCUCCUUCAGUCCUGCAGGGGGCGCUCUAUGGAGAAGUGGAAGCUCCAACUUGGGCAGCAGAGUUCCAGUGUGGAGGAACAGAAUCCUCCCUCCUGGACUGUAGAAGAUCAGGCCCUGUUAGAAACACCUGCUCACCUAGCAAAGCCGUCAGACUCACCUGCUCAGGACCCGUCAGGCUGGUGGGAGGAGCCAGUCGCUGUGAAGGAACGCUGGACCUGAAGCUUGGAACAUGGAGACCAGUGAAAGCCUCAGGUUGGACGGUGAGGGAAGCAGCUGCAGCUUGCAGAGAGUUGGACUGUGGUUCAGUCGUUUCCAUGGGAACCAGGAAUGACUCUUCAGUUAGACAAGUUUGGGAAAUUGAGAUCAGCUGUUUGAAAUCUGGAUAUCCACUAAGGCAGUGUGCAUCAGCGUCAUUAUUGUCAUCUCAGUCUGGCACCAUUCUGGAGCUUGUGUGCACAGACCUGCUGGUUCAGCCAAUCAUUUCGGUGUCGUCCAGUGACGGGGCCACAGGCGCCCUGCAGCAGAGCUCAGCAGGAGUGUUUCGGGGCUCCAGCUUCACCAUCAGCUGCUCCAUCCAGCCAGAGUAUCCAGGAGGCUCCUUCCAGCUCUCCUUCACCUCUUCCAACACGACACACAGCUACGCCCAGCCAGCCAGCAAUCACUCUGCACACUUCCUGUUUCCUGCUGCAGAGCCUGCCCACAGAGGAAGCUACCGCUGUGUUUAUGACCUCCACGUUUUCUCUCAUAACUUCUCCUCCGUCAGCCAUGUGCUGACUCUGAGUGUCUCAGAUCCAACAGUUUUCAUCAUCAGACUGGUGGUCCUGCUGCUGAGUCUGCUGAUCUUCAUCUCUGCGAUUUACUGCAGCCAUACGGUUGCGAAGAGACCACCAGGGGGCAGCAGACUGUCCCACGGAAGAACGUGGAUGUUGGAGGAAAAGAAGGGGGGCGGGAAGGUGGUGGAAGAACAAGAGGAGGCAGCUCUACCGUUUAUCCGCGCCGUGACGCAGAGAGAAGGUUUCACGCUGACGCAACAGCUGAAUGACAUCACACCUGAUAAAUGCAUAAAACACGUGAAAACCAGCAGCGACGACCUGGAAGCAGAACCUGGAUAG